CGCAAGGUGUCCUGAAGCUCUUGGCAUGUGACCCUGCGCCAUGAUGCAACUUCUUCCUUCUCUUUCUUUCUUGUUAGUCCGCAUUCCACGCUUUCCACCCCCAGUUUUUCUCUCCAGGAAGGUGCUGGGCAUGUCCAUCUUCCCAUGUCCGUUUGCUGAGUCUAACGCUUGCUUUGAAAACAAUCUGAAAAUGAGCGGUAAUAGCUCUUCGUGUACUUUUUUCCAAUCCUGUUCCUGAACCAUCAACAAACAGCUCCUUGGGCAAACCCCCACAUUCGCGAUGUCAGUGGAGACUGAGACCCCGGCUGGUAUGCCAGGAGCUCAAAACCCCGGACGGCCGGGCAUGGCCCAAUUGCCGCGAGAAAUCUUUUGGAUGGUCUUGAGUCAUCUUCGCCCCAGGGAUAUUGUGCGUUGCCGUCUAGUGUCGCAGUCAUGGAAUGUGGCGUUCGGAAACUCCGCAAAUCUGAUUCCCGUGCUGAAAGACUAUUUCCCACUAGCCAGAGAAGUCAGGGCGCUCCACGAAGAAGGCAGAUCGAGUCCAGCUUUGGCGACCGCAGAAGAAAACAAACACUGGCGUCGACUCUUCGACCGCAUCGCUGCGAGAUAUGACCACCUCGACCGCGGCAAACCUCGGUCGGUGCAGAAAUUCAAGCUCUGCGAUGAGUUCGGUAGCUCCGGAGAGAGGGAAUGGUUUCCCGUGCAGCCGUGGGAUAUGCACUCCAGCCAUCUAAUGCAGCGUGUCGAUUGUCCCUUCUUGGAACCAUUCUGGACGUAUGAAGAUGGCCUUGUGGUUUAUCCCAGCGCGGAUCACUCGGCCUUAGUUCUUUUAGAUUUGGAGAGCGAUCGGAAAUUCAUGGUUCCUUUCAUGAUCACCGGCAAGGUCAUGCGCAGGAUUCGAUUACAAAAGAGACUCCUCGUCGUCGAGUGGGCGGAACCCAAAGCUUUUCACUGGUUGAAUGACAGUGACGGAGUUCACCGCCAUUUUGCGUCGUCGUUUGAUAUCAACAAGACGUCGAGCGGCUGGUCGGUCACUUUUCGGAACGAAUGGAAGAUCAUGUUUCUCGGUCACCCCUUGAGCGAGAGGGAUAAGUUCUAUUCCUCCCACAGUCAAACGCAUUACGCAAUCUACAUCUGGCAACCCAAUCGCAGUUUGUACACUGCGGAUGAAGAUGCUCCCAUUGAAUCGCUUUCAGUUUGGGACAUUUCCAAACCAUCGAGCUAUAGACCGUCUUUAGAUCCUUCUGGGCGUUUGCGACACGAUGGGGAAGAUGAUUGCCCCUCUAUCAUCGCCCGGUUUGGCUUUAGGGAGUUGGACUUCCAUUCCGUUCGACAACGGGGGCUUCCUGGUAUACAAUCCCUAAAUAUAACCGAUGACGAUCAGUCAAUCGAGAUUGUGGAGAACCAUUGCACGGGGCCGAUGGACCGGCUAGUUGGGCCGGCCGAGUGGACUUCGCAAGUACAAGUCACCAGCCUUCCUAUCGUUGGCAAUGGACCUUGCUGGAGGCGCUAUGCCGACCCGACGAUGCCUCCUUAUCGCGGAAAUAGCAGUCUGCAGAGCAAGCCACUCACUUUUGCCGUCUGCGACGAGCCUUGGUAUGCCAUUGUUUCCGAAGUGCUUGACGAGGAGGCACAAGUUGGCUUUUGCCUUCAUCUGUCACCGAUCACAUGGCCCUUUGAUCUGAAGAUGUUUCUAACAAUUCGAACGCCAACAUCCACUUUUACUCUCAAGCAGGACGAAGUCUUCGAACUUGUGGGAAGAGGCAAGAUCCACGGAAAUGAACAUUACCUGGUCGGAGAGAAUGGGAAUCGCGAACUUGUUGUCUACAGGUUUGAUCGAUAAGCUAUCUCGUUGGGUCUUUUGAAAUUGUUCCAUAACGAUGGUCACGCCAGAAAGCGCCGCUAUGUGCGUUUCUUCAGAGCUCAGCAUAGCGCUAAACCACGGCUCUGCCAAAUUGUUUAUAUGUUUGAUCAUUUGUGGCUCAUCAUUCCGAUUAAUGCAUGUUCUCAUGGAAUCGUACAUACAGCAGGCCUUCCCUUUUACGUAUUCCACGCAUCCCCAAUACCUUUCAUUUGGCUGAGCUUGUCCCAGUUUUUGCAUCUUGAAUAUCAGUGCCACCAGAUCAUGGGCGCAAAACAAGUGAUCACGUUCGUAGUGGCUUUUCGCACAACCACUCUCUCUCCAUAAUUCUUCCCCGGUGGGACACAAGUCUCGGAUGGGGUAGGGAAGCGCUACAAACGCCGAGGCCUGGGCAAUAAGCAGAACUUGUAUUAAUUGGUGCUUCUAGUCUCGCCUCCUCAUAUCCAAGCCUUGGCGAAGGAUGAUAUGCUGGCCCUCUUCAUUAAUACUGUUAACGAAUUAAAGUACACAUGGACUAAUCAUGAAAAGCAGAGAUUUUCUUUGUUAGCGGCAGCCAGCUCUCGAACUUUGUAGAAUCCUCUGGGCCGAUGAGUAGGAGGGUGAUUCUCGCUAGAAGUUAGUUGGCG